CAGCACCGUUGAAAAUAUAAUGGAACCCGAAUCCGCCGGGAAAAGGAUGCCAUUCCAUUCCAUCUUUUUCCGCCUUCUCAAAACUUCAUUAAACCCUUUCAACUUGUGUGGAUUGGGUAGUCACCAGCUAGCAGAGCAGAGGAAAAAAUGGAUCAUCAGAACGGAAACUAUUACACUGCUCCAUCAUCUGCUUACAAUCCGUACAUCGAGACGGUGCCAGUUCAUCCCGAUUCCGCCCCCACCGCCAACAACAGACCGAUAGAGAAGAUGUGUGUUGCGGUGGGCCGUUGCGGGAGGAGAUUUGAAGACGCCACCAAGAAAGCAGAGGGUUACGCCGAUGGCAUCUGGCGUCACCUGAAGGUGAGCCCCAAUUUGGCCGACACAGCCAUGGCCAGGAUCCAACAGGGGACGAAGUUAUUAGCAGAAGGUGGAACAGAGAAAGUGUUCAGCCGGACGUUUGGGAGUUUGCCGGAGGAGAAGCUGCUCAACUCCUACGCUUGCUAUCUCUCCACUUCCACCGGCCCGGUGAUCGGCACCCUCUAUGUCUCUAACAAGAGACUCGCCUUCUGCAGUGAUUUCCCCUUACUGGUUUAUCGCUCCCCCACUGCUGGACACCACCAACAAUGGCUGCAUUACAAGGUGGUGAUGAGGGUUGAGCAGUUGAGUAGGGUGAACUCAUCCCAAAAUUCCUCAGAAAGAUACAUUCAGCUGGUGACUGUGGACAACCAUGAAUUUUGGUUCAUGGGGCUCAUCUCUUUCGAUAGAGCAUUCAAGCAGUUACGAGAGCUUUUGCAUCUAACAACGGUCUCGCCAUCCUCAGCUGAAAUCCUUAUUAAAUAACACUCCGUAACUGCAAAAUGUUGUAUCUCUACCCCUGUUUGUUUCUGUCAAUCAUUCUUCCGAUAUAAUCUUGGACUUCCUCUCGAAUGAACUGUGAAGUUAAAUAAUUCUACAAUGCCUUAUUCUGUUUGUUAAGUACAUGACACAUGUUGCAUUAUGUAAUAUAUAUAUCACAUUUUUUUACCUUGAGUGCAUAAAUAUAUAAGACCUGUGAUGAUGGUUAUAUGUAUUUAGUGCUCCUGGUUG